GUACUGCGCACGGCGUACCGCGCACAUCGCGCACACGGCCCUCGUCAGCCGCACGUUUAGUACGUUUUUAAAGGACGUUCGUAGCGCGGUGUAUAAAUCUGCCGCGAAUUGUGAUCAACUGCGCUGUGUACUUUGAUUAUCCAUUGUCACUGCGCCAGGUGUGCACGAGUUUAAGCUAUAAUACCGGCAGUUCAGUUUGCCGCAGUAUUGAUCGCAUCUCGCUCGCUUCAGCUAAUGUUUAUAAACAGCCGGUCGCAUCCAUACGAUCCCUCUUGUUUUUGAUACGUUCGACCGUUUGGAGAAGAGCCGCAGCACUGAUCCUGUAUGCGCCAACUGUACCGGCAUCCCGUAUAGGAAGCACUGCAAAUUGAUUCGUUUCGGUGGUGUACGCUAUGAUUGGAGGAAGUCCGUUGGCAUCGGACUCAAUGACAUGGAGACUGUAAAUUAGAUCUCACUAGACUGUGGCAAAGAUAAAGUGAUCGGGUGACAAAGUGUGACUAAAAACAGUUUUGUUAUAACAUGGACAUAGAAAUACUAAAUUUCAAAGAGUGGAAGUAAGAACUGACCAUCCCAGUUGUUUUCAUGUUGUAAGAGUGCUGUAGAUUGGCAGCCAUGCUGUCCUACAUGGUUCCCGUUGAAGAGAAACCACCGCCGGCGCCGGUCAAGGGCCGACUUGCGUUAGAGCUGGUUGGCAGUCCAGGAAGUCCAGAGUCUGCGGUCAGGAAGACCAGAAGCAACAUUUCCAAGGAGUCAUCGACGAGCUCGUUCGCGAGCGAUCUCACUAUAUCGUCGUCGACUCCAACUGGUGUCCUUGACAAGCCAAAACAUAAACUGCUGAGCAAUGGCAGUAAACAUACGUCGCUAAAAAGGGUAUCCUUUGGCAGCUCGAAAGGGUCGAUGGUCGAGACCCUUAUCUACGAGAGUCCCCUUCAAGAGGAACCAGAGCAGACCAGCCCACCACCGAAGGCGCAGGAGACGUCCUUCCCCUACACGCCCGUCGAAGACGAGUCGGAGCGUUCGAAAGUGCGUGUUUCGUUUUACCAAGGAGCAAGACCGCAGUGUCUCUCCCCGCCGCCGCAAGCGACGGAUCCUGAUUCUCACAUUCUCUACGCUAGCCUACUAUCAGCAAACUCCGACAUGGGUGAAUACACCGUCUACAAUAGGCAAAUCAGCACUGAAAGCGGCUGGGACAAUCCCUUCCGUCCGGAUGGUGACUUGAGCCGCGAAGCUGAUGAGAUUGUGUCCCUGAUCAAAGGUGGCAAGCCUAUCACGCCCACGCCCACAGCUGAACCCGAGUUGCCAGUUAGUGAUGAGGAGGAAAAAGUGCAUGCAAAUAAUGUCAAUGCUAGUCCGCCAUCUUCCCCUCAAACGAAAGUGGCAAGCCCCGUGCAGCAGAGUCCACCGAAAGCUAUGAACGGCACUAAGAAUGGUGCCGCGGUGCCUGAGGUGCACCCUGGGCAAGUUGAGGUGCAACGCUCGCCGCCGCAGGAGCCCCUGCAGCCAGAACACGUCACUAUCAAGAAGAAGCCUAAGUGCAAAUGCUGCGUUCUUCAGUAAACAGCCCCCUUUCGCACCGGUAACACUUGCUUAUACGUCUAGCAUUAUAUCCCCCACUUUGGUGUUUACUCGGUGCUAUUUCAUUUUACGAUUUCUCUAAUUGCAACUUAUCGAAACAUAUAUCAGGAAAGUAUAUGUGUUCAUUGUACAAUUUACAUAUAACAAAGUCUGGCCUCUACUCUCAUACAUUGAUAUUUUUGUUAAUUAUUUCAUUAGUGAAUUUUUGAGUAUGUAGCAGGUCAAAUAUUUACAAAUUCUAACAUUUAUGUUAGUGACCGAUGGUUUAUAUUUAUUGCCCUGAAUCAAGCGGCGCAUUAUAAUAGUUAUCUUCACUAAGUAUUUGCGGCCUAACGCUUUCUUUACAUACAUAUUCCUUUUACAUAUGUCUGGGUAAUAUUUUGUUAACAGAAAUAAGUUAUUUUAAAAUAUUUACGAAAUUGGCUGCGUUGCUAAUCCAUUUUAUUCAUAUUUUUUUAAUUAUUUUGUGAAAUUGAAAUAAAACCUUCUCAUAGAAUAUUCCAUCUCAAUUGUUAAAUUAAAAUGUCUUUAGGAUUAUGUAUGUAAACAAUGCAAGUGUCGCCUACAUCAAGUUUGUGAUACAUUCAUAUAUUUUAGCUAGUUUCGCAAAGAAAGAGGGAAAUGAUGUUGCAAGCUAACGAUCCUGCGGAGGGCAAUAUUAAAAUGUGACUUUGGGAAUGUUUAAAAAUCACUAGAGAAUCUCAAAAUAUCAUUAGAUUGAGAUGAGAAAUGGUAAAGUAAAAAGAUGGAGAGAAACAAAAAUUCUUAUUAUAAAAUCAUAUUUACAAUAAUUUUUAAAGUGAAUAUGCCAAUUCUGCUCAUUUCAAAAUGAUUGCAACAUAUUUAAAUUAUCUUAUUUUAUUUAAAAAAAAAAACAACAUAAUAAUUUAUUUUAGAACUGUUGCUAAGUUGAAUCUGUGUUGAAUAAUGUUUAAAAAUAAUUUAAAUGUAUAUUUUUAUAUGUUUAUUUAUAAAAAAAAAGUAUUAUAAUCUUGAAGAAUGAUUGAGCUAUAGUAUUGGAAACAUAUAAAUGACUGAAAUAGAUGCUUAAACUGGAAUAGACGCUUUGUUGUGUUAUUUUAGUAUCUGUGAAAUUCCAAUAACAGUUGUAUUGAAACAUAUUAUCAUAGAGUAAAGAGAUGACAUAUGUUUUUAAACAAGUGUUUCAUAAGUGGAAACAGUAAGGCUACUCUUUUACAAUAGAGUUAUUAAUGAUUGAACUGGCUAUCUUAUACCAUAUCAUGUUGACGCUAUUCUUUGAAUAAAACACUAUAUUUUGGGGUACAAUUUUAAUUCCAUUAUAAUUCAUAAGUAGAUCUGCUAUUAAUAAAUAGUAUUUUAACUGAUAUUUGAAUUCUAUUUCACAUUUAGACGGCUUGGUGUUGACAAAACAAACAAGCAAAUAGAUUUUCUAUGGCAGCUACUAACUAACAUUUAUUCUACAAAUAUAAUCUUAUCCAUAUAUUAAUGGAGUAUAUCUUCAUGACUUAUAUAUAUUAAGAUAUAUUCGACAAAAAAAAUAAUGUUCUUGUAUGUCACAGUUAUCGCUGUUAGAUGGUAACCAUACUGAUUAAGAUAUAUGUAUAUGAUUUAGAUUACCUAUAUAUAGCCAUUUCAACGUGACUUCACGCUUGCGUCCAAUAGAAUGUACACGAUUUUUUUUUCAUAAAUCUGAUCACCUAAAUGGAUUAAAAUUUUAUAUGUAGCUUUUUUAUUUUAGCAUAUGAUCCUUAUGUGUACUGUUUAGUCGCAAGUGACAAGGAUAGGGGUGCUCGAUCGGAAUGAUAUUGGUAAGGGUAACAUUGUCGUAUACUAUAAAAACUGCAUUACUCUAUAUUUUUAAUACAUAAACAUCACAAAAGUACAUAAACGUACAUAAAAUGCUUAUCUAAAAUUAUUUUGAUAAUAAUGAAAGUAUUUUUUAUAGUUUUUCACAAUGUUUAAAUCUGGGUAAGUAGUAAAUUUUUUACGCAUGUGGCGAUUUACAGUAUGGAGAUAGGUUUAAUAUGAUUAAUUUACAGAUACCCAAUUUCAAUUGACUGGUACCCUAAUGUAUACAGUUCAAAAAAAUGUUUAUAACUUCUGUGAAAACUCUCUGUUACGUAAAUUGUAAUAAUAAAAUAAAUAUUAUUUCAAAUCCAAAAUUAAUAAAGUAGAAUGAAAAUUGGGGAUUGGUUUUAUUUUAAAGUCAAAAUUAAAACAUCCUAUGUAAAAAUAUGUAUGCAUAUAUUAAAUGUUUAGAUGUGCCCCUACAAAAGGAAUAGCGUUAGUAAAGUAGAUAGGUAAUUAGAAUGGUAUAGUUAGGUGAUCCACAAUUAUUUUGUGUUUGUUAUUGAUGUUUUACGAUAUUAAAUUAUUUUUACAUUUUCGUUUUGAUUUUUAUAGUUUUCGAACAGCAAAUUUAAUGAAGACAGUGCCACAUGAAUGAAUGAUGUAUGCAGGCUCUAGCGCAGUUAAAAAAAAACAUAUUAAGAUUAGCUUUAGACGGAAAAGUAGUUUUUCAAAAGCUCAGCUAUGUUAUAUUAGAAAAACUGUAAUUCACUAUCAAAUUUUUUGAUGCUUUAGGAAAUGUUCUAAAUUAUGUUAUUAAAUAUUUUAUAUCCAGUAAAAUUUAGCAACAGUUUGAAUAGAUGUAUUGCACUAGAUUUAGACAAUUUGUGUAACUGUUUGGCUGUUUGUGUAAUCAUUGUUAUUGCAAACAUCAUUCUGUAAACAUUCAAAAAUUAAUAUAAGUUUUCCUUUUCAACAUCCACUAUGUGUUAUAUUUGACACCUAAUAUGUGCUUAUCUAUUUUUAUAUUUUAACAUCUUGGUAUUUAUGAUAUUACUAUGCUCAUAACAGUGAUUUAAAUAAUAGUAGAA